AUGGAUAGCCGCAGCACUGCACGACCAAAUCCGGAGCACAGUACCACCGUCGACUCGGACGACGAGGCAGACGUCUACGAUUGGAAGGCGUCGCGUGUGCCCGACAGCCAGGACGAUGCGCGGCCUCGAAAGGAUUCCACUCGCAAGGGAGCCAAACAGGCCCAGAACGGCAACGAGGGUGAGGACGAGGGGCACUACGAACCAGUUGGACCGGGCGAAGCAGACUCCUCGGACGAACUGCCCGAGGAUGGACAUAUGCCUCAUCCAUUCUAUCACUAUGCCGCCGAGAAGCGAGACACUUUCGCCGACUCCAAACUCAUCUACCAACGCCACCGGAUGGACACCAAGUCCGAAAAGGAACUAGGAAGCCCCCUGUUGUUGGGCAAGUCCUACACUCUGCCCGCUGGUGCCAUGGAUGGAGAGGCCGCGGCCUUGCACCGUACGCCCAGCACGACGUCGAGACAGUCGCGUCUCAGCCAACGUGGCAAUGCUCCCAGUGGCAUCCAACUAACCCGUGCCAAGGAUUCGGUUCCUUCUUUGCAGACUCAAGUGGGCAAUCUACAGGACAUCCGCCCAGACCCAACACUAGUCGCCGAUGCUGCUGCACGAGACCAUAAGCGCCACCCAGGUCUCCCUCACGAGUUCAAGGAUCCCUUGCUGGCCCAUGAGGGCAUGCACGGUGCUGGUGCCGGGAUGGGGCUUGGAAGCGGCCCCGGCGGGCUCGCCCCCAGCGAGGAGAGCGUCAUCAGCGAAGUGCGGGCCAUCUGUGAAAAGAUCAAGACGGUGCUCGAUCUCCGGCAGAAGUACAUGAAGAUCUCGCUGCAAUGUCCCGGCGACAACCCGAAAGACGACGAGAACUGGGAGAUAUAUCCGCCUCCGCCGAACCCUGUAUGGAACGAGCAUAAAGCACGGGAACAGCCCCCAGACUAUAUUGCCCCGAACAGCACCUCGAGCAGUCUGUACAUGGCGGACUUGAAGGCGCGGAACACCAGCGGGGGAGAUAUAAACACCUGGGCCAGUAACGUCAGCCAGGCCGACUCGGAACGCGGGGCGCCACCGUCGCCGACAAGCGUCAAAAAGGCUCGGAAGCAGGGCCAUGAUGUCGGCGAAGACUUCGACCUCAACGAAUGUAUAAUCCCUGGACGGCAGGAAAAGAGCCUCCACUACGAGAUGGACGCUGGGAGUGUGUUCCAGGUGUAUGGCCCGGACGGGAAACCGCUCGUCGAAGUGCCCACGCUGAGGGAUUACUUCGUGGCAUUGGACACGAUCCUGGACAUCGCAUCUGACGGCCCGGCCAAGAGCUUCGCCUACCGCCGCCUGCAAUAUCUCGAGGGCCGGUACAGCUUGUACACGCUGCUGAACGAGUAUGAAGAAGUGGCAGACACGAAGAAAGUGCCGCACCGAGAUUUCUACAACGUCCGCAAGGUCGACACGCACGUGCACCACUCGGCGUGCAUGAACCAGAAGCACCUGCUCCGGUUCAUCAAGAGCAAGAUGAAGAAAUGCCCCAACGAGGUGGUGAUCGAGCGGGAUGGCAAACAGCUGACCCUGAAGGAAGUGUUCGACAGCAUCAACCUCACGGCGUACGAUCUGAGUAUCGACACGCUCGAUAUGCAUGCCCAUACCGACUCGUUCCAUCGUUUCGACAAGUUCAACCUGAAAUAUAACCCGAUCGGGCAGUCGCGGCUGCGCGACAUCUUUCUGAAGACCGACAACUUUAUCAAGGGCCGCUACCUGGCCGAGAUCACCAAGGAAGUCAUCACGGAUUUGGAAUCGAGCAAGUACCAGAUGGUCGAAUGGCGCAUCAGCAUCUACGGCCGCAGCAUCAAAGAAUGGGACACGCUCGCCAGCUGGGUGGUGGACAACAAGCUCUUCUCGCACAACGUCCGGUGGCUGAUCCAGAUCCCGCGGCUCUUCGCGCUCUACAAGUCGCUCAAAACGGUGGACAACUUCGAGCAGCUCCUCCGCAACAUCUUCGCGCCGCUGUUUGAGGUGACGCAAGACCCGUCGACGCAUCCGAAGCUGCACAUCUUCCUCCAGCGCGUGAUCGGCUUCGAUAGCGUCGACGACGAGAGCAAAGUGGAGAGACGGCUGUACCGCAAGUUCCCGACGGCGCGUGAGUGGGACACCAAACAGAACCCGCCGUACGGAUACUGGAUCUACUACCUCUUCGCGAACAUGACGUCGCUGAACGCGUGGCGCAAGCGCCGCGGCUUCAACACGUUCCUCCUGCGGCCGCACUGCGGCGAGGCCGGCGACACGGACCACCUGGCGGCGGCGCUGCUGUGCUCGCACAGCAUCAGCCACGGCAUCACGCUCCGCAAGGUGCCGCUGCUGCAGUACAUCUUCUACCUGGAGCAGAUCGGGGUGGCCAUGUCGCCGCUGAGCAACAACGCGCUGUUCCUCACGUACGACCGCAACCCGUUCAUCAGCUACUUCAAAAAGGGGCUCAACGUGUCCCUGUCGACCGACGACCCGCUGCAGUUUGCCUUCACCAAGGAGCCCCUGAUCGAGGAGUACUCGGUGGCGGCGCAGAUCUACAAGCUCAGCGCGGUCGACAUGUGCGAGCUGGCCAAGCACUCGGUCGACCAGUGCGGCUUCGAGCUGUCGCUCAAGCAGCGCUGGCUGGGCAAGUACUGCUACCUGCCGGGCGUGCUGGGCAACGACGUGGCCAAGUGCAACGUCCCGGACGUGCGCGAGGCCUUUCGCCACGAGACCCUCAAGGCCGAGCACGCCUUUAUCGCAAAGUACACAAACGACUACUGCCACUACCGCCGCUGCACGCCGGACCUGCCGCCGAACCUGAUGGCCGACCCCGCCACCACCAGUCCCGUAGUGGACGAGGCCUACAACGCCUACUACGCCUACCGCGGCCUCGAAAGCCCGCGCCAGUACUACGCCACCAUGGCCGUCGCCGACUCGAUCGCCCCGGCGCAACAGGCGCGUGAACGCGAGCGAGAGGCCGCGCUGCUCUCCAAAUCCGUGUCCAAUUCGAACUUUGAUAAUCAUUCGAACGCCGCUGCUACCGCCCAAGGUCAGGGGAGUCAAGGAACCACCGGCGGCGGCGGCGGCGGCAACGUCUCGCCCACGCGGCCGCGACGCACGUCGUCCAUCCACGCGCUGUACCAUGCCGCGGCGUCGACUUCCGCGGACGCGCACAUCUCAGGCCAGGAACCGCGGGCGUUUCCGGGGCUCGUGCACCAGCGCGAGAGGCGGAGGAGUCUGCGCGUCGGGUCCGGCAACUCGGACGGUACGCAGCACUCGAGCGAUAUGACGUCUAGUCUGCACUUGGAGCCCGGCUUGGCCAAGAUCACGCUCAAGGAGGACAAGGAGAUGAAUGAGAUCGAGGAUGACGCGGACUGA